AUGAAUUUUUUCCUGGAGACUCUCAAAGUUUUUUUUCUCACUAUCUAUUUGCUCUUUGAAUCUAUUAUUCUUUGGAUUAUCCCAUCUCGAAGGAAAAAUGUUUCUGGUGAACUUGUACUCAUCACUGGGGCAGGAAGUGGAAUAGGACGGCUAAUAGCCCUGGAGUUUGCACGCCUUGGAGCAACACUUAUUUUAUGGGACAUCAACGAGGAGGGCAAUAAAGAAACAAGCAGGCUAGCCAAGAAGAAUGGAGCAGUUCGUAUACAUACAUAUACAUGUGACUGUAGCAAAAGGGAAGACAUUUACAGAGUGGCAGAUCAGGUGAAGAUAGAGGUUGGAGAUGUUACUAUCCUAAUUAACAAUGCUGGCAUAGUGACUGGAAAGAAAUUCAUCGACUCACCCGAUGCUCUAGUAGAGAAAACCAUGCAAGUGAACACCAUGGCACAUUUCUGGACAUGUAAAGCCUUCCUGCCUGCUAUGAUGGCCUCCAAUCAUGGACAUCUAGUGAGCAUUGCCAGCUCUGCUGGACUGAUAGGAGUCAAUGGACUUGCAGAUUACUGUGCAAGUAAGUUUGCAGCCGUCGGGUUCGCAGAAUCCGUUGGCCUUGAGAUGUUGGCUCUGGGCAAAACUGGUGUGAAGACCACAAUCGUUUGUCCAUAUUUUAUAAACACCGGAAUGUUUGACGGAUGUACAACCAAAUGGCCCCGGUUCCUGCCAAUUUUAGAGUCAGACUAUGCCAGUAAGACAAUUGUAGAUGCCAUUCUAAAAGAACAAGUAUACCUCAUUAUGCCUCGUGGACUCUACAUCGUAUUUGGCUUCAAAAAGUGA